GCCCCCUCCUGCUCCGCCAAUCCCUGCCCGGCCCCGCCCCUUCGGCCCCGCCCCCCGGCCCGGCCAAUCACCUGGCCCUGCCCCCUCACUCCCGGGGGGCCACGCCCCUUCCGGGGGGCGAUGACGUCAUCAUGGGGCGUGAUGACGUCACCUCAGGGUCCAAUGACGUCAUCACAAGGUCCAGUGAUGUCAUCACGGGAGGCAAUGACGUCAUCCCAGGAGGCAAUGACAUCAUCAAGGGAGGCAAUGACGUCAUCCCAAGGAUCAAUGACGUCACCCCGAAGACCAGUGACGUCAUGGUGGGGCCCAAUGACGUCAUCCCCAGGCCCAGUGACGUCACCCCGAGGUCCAGUGACGUCAUCCCAAGACCCAAUGACGUCAUCCCGGGGGCCAAUGACAUCACCAUGAAGACCAAUGAUGUCACCAUGAAGACCAAUGACGUCAUCGCAGAGCACAAUGACAUCACCUCGGUGCCCAAUGACGUCACCAUGAAGCCCAGUGACAUCACCCCGGUGCCCAAUGACGUCAUCCCUGUGCCCAAUGACAUCACCAUGAAGCCUAGUGACAUCACCCCAGUGCGCAAUGACGUCAUCUGGGGGGCCAAUGACAUCACCAUGAAGACCGAUGACAUCACCAUGAAGACCAAUGACGUCAUCUUGGGCCACAAUUACGUCAUCCCGGUGCCCAAUAACAUCACCACGAAGACCAGUGACAUCACAAUGAAACCCAAUGACAUCACCACGAAGUCCAAUGACGUCACCAUGAAACCCAAUGACGUCACCACGAAGCCCAAUGACAUCACCACGAAGCCCAAUGACGUCACCAUGAAACCCAGUGACGUCACCAUGGAACCCAAUGACAUCAUCACGAAGUCCAAUGACAUCACCCCGGUGCCCAAUGACGUCAUCAUGAAGCCCAGUGACAUCACCACGAAGCCCAAUGACGUCAUCAUAGUGCCGAAUGACAUCACCAUGGUGCCCAAUGACAUCACCAUGAAGACCAAUGACAUCAUCCCUGUUCCCAGUGACGUCACCAUGAAGACCAAUGACGUCAUCCCUGUGCCCCAUGAUGUCACCACAAGGACCAAUAACGUCACCACAAAGCCCAAUGACAUCACUACGAAGCCCGAUGACGUCACCAUGAGGCCCGAUGACGUCACUCUGGUGUGUGAUGACGUCACGGGCCGGGUGUUGGACCUGCUGAGCCGAGCGAAGCUGCAGCUGGGGCGAAUCGACCGCCGGCACCGGGUGGGAUCUGAAGAAUCAGAAAACCCCGAGGGAGACCCCCAGGGGUCCCCUCGGAUCAAACACGUUUGUCGCCGCGCCCUCCCCACCUGA